GAACUCUCUUCUUCACCCUUCGCCCUCUUCUUCUCUGUAACACUCACUCUCUCUCUCUCUCUCUCUCUCUCUCAUGAGAACCGGACUUUUUCCGGCUAGGGUUUGAGUAUCGAUCACUUCGAAAAUGUCUGCCACUUCUCUCUCUACCUACACUUUGCCUGAACUCGCCUUUCUCCGCUCAGACUCCACUCGCAGGCUCAAAGUGUCUCUCUCUAGACUUCCUCUCUCUAAGCGCAAUCGAUCGAAUCUGGUUUUUCGAACUCGAAUCAGAGCUAUUCAGAGAGAUGAAGUCGUGUUCGAGGUUGAAGAUGGAGAAAGUGCGGUGGUGAGUUCAUUGAACGGUGUUGAAUUCAAUGGUAAUGUUAAUGGUACUGGUUAUGGUUACACUGGAGUUGUCGAGGGGUACUCGAAUGGAGGUACAAGUGUGAUUGAGAGUGAGAAUGGAGCGAGUAAUGGGAGCUUAGCGAAGUACGUUAAUGGAAAUGGCGCUGCAACGAGAAUUGCUGAAGCAGUUGUGGAAUCGGAGUCUGAGCAGGUUGGGAGGAAGAAAACUAUAGAGGAGAUUGGACAAGAGGAGGCGUGGUUUAAACGGAGUGGACAAGUUGAGGUGUCUGUUACCCCUGGGGGCCGUUGGAAUAGGUUCAAAACCUAUUCAACAAUACAAAGGACUUUGGAGAUAUGGGGAUUUGUUCUAACUUUUAUCUUUAAGGCUUGGUUGAACAAUCAAAAAUUUUCUUAUCGAGGUGGAGUGACAGAGGCGAAGAAAGUUCAACGGCGGAAAGCCCUUGCCAAGUGGUUAAAGGAAAAUAUUUUGAGAUUAGGUCCUACAUUCAUUAAAAUUGGCCAGCAGUUCUCCACAAGGGUGGACAUUCUUGCUCAAGAAUAUGUUGAUCAGUUGUCAGAACUUCAGGAUCAAGUUCCUCCGUUCCCAUCAGACACCGCUAUAUCUAUAGUUGAAGAGGAGCUUGGAGCCCCUGUAAAUGAUAUAUUUGAGCGGUUUGAUUAUGAGCCAAUUGCUGCCGCUAGUCUUGGUCAGGUCCACCGUGCGAAACUGAAGGGGCAGGAAGUUGUUGUUAAAGUACAAAGGCCUGGUCUCAAGGAUCUUUUUGAUAUUGAUCUAAAGAACCUGAGGGUGAUAGCAGAAUAUCUUCAGAAGCUUGACCCCAAGUCAGAUGGUGCAAAAAGGGAUUGGGUUGCUAUCUAUGAUGAGUGCGCAAAUGUCUUAUAUCAGGAGAUCGAUUACACCAAGGAAGCUGCUAAUGCAGAACUAUUUGCAAAUAACUUCAGAAACAUGGAUUAUGUGAAAGUCCCAUCAAUAUAUUGGGAAUACACCACACCACAGAUUCUCACGAUGGAGUAUGUCCCAGGGAUCAAAAUAAAUAGAAUACAAGCGCUAGAUCAGUUGGGCGUUGAUCGUCAAAGGUUGGGCCGGUAUGCUGUUGAAUCUUACUUGGAGCAGAUUCUGUCUCAUGGUUUCUUCCAUGCUGAUCCGCACCCUGGAAAUAUAGCUGUGGAUGACGUUAAUGGUGGAAGGCUGAUCUUUUAUGAUUUUGGAAUGAUGGGAAGUAUAAGUCCCAACAUCAGAGGAGGGCUGUUGGAGACAUUCUAUGGGGUUUAUGAGAAGGAUCCGGAUAAGGUUCUUCAAGCAAUGAUUCAGAUGGGUGUUCUUGUGCCUACUGGGGAUAUGACAGCUGUCAGACGAACAGCGCAGUUCUUCCUUAAUAGAAAUUUGUAUAAACUGCGUCUCUCAGCACAAAGAAAAGAGAGAGAGAUGACAACAGCAGAACUUGGAUUCAAAAAGCCGCUGAGCAAGGAGGAGAGAAUCGAGAAAAAGAAGCAGCGUCUCGCAGCAAUAGGAGAAGAUUUAUUAGCAAUUGCAGCAGAUCAGCCCUUCAGAUUUCCUGCUACAUUCACUUUUGUUGUUAGAGCAUUUUCAGUGUUGGAUGGCAUUGGGAAAGGCCUUGACCCUCGUUUUGAUAUCACUGAAAUUGCUAAACCUUAUGCACUAGAAUUGCUAAGGUUUCGCGAAGCUGGUGUUGAAGUUAUCGUAAAGGACUUCAGGAAGAGAUGGGACCGUCAGUCUCGCGCAUUUUACAACUUAUUUAGACAGGCUGGUAGAGUUGAAAGGCUUGCUGAAUUUGUUCAACGAUUGGAGCAAGGUGAUUUGAAGCUCCGAGUUCGAGCUUUAGAGUCUGAGAGGGCUUUCCAACGUGUUGCAGCUGUUCAAAAAACAAUAGGAAGUGCAGUUGCUGCUGGAACCCUAAUUAACCUUGGUACAAUUUUGUAUGUCAAUUCAAUCCGGGUUCCUUCUAUGAUCGCAUACAUGGUAUGUGCUGUUUUUGGCUUCCAAGUUCUUUUUGGCAUUCUCAAGGUUAAAAAGUUAGAUCAACGGGAGAGAUUGAUAACAGGAACUGCUUAAAUAAAUGGUGCAAUACUUGGCCAAUCCUCUCGUCUGGUGUAUUGUAGAUAUAGAGGAGAGAUUCAGAUGAUCAUAUGAAGUUCUACAUUCAACUCAACCCUCUUGUUGUAGAAAAGAAAGCAGAAGAGCUUGAUGCAAAGUUUUCCAGACUCAAUGCGGGCCAAAUAUUCCAACUUUAUUUAUAUCAUCUGCACUGUUUGUAGAGUGAUUAACAAUCUUAUCAUGUUUAUUUUCUUGCUUGAAUAUGUAGAUAGGUUAGACGAGGCAAUUUUUUUGACCCAUAUGAAACCACCCCUAAUAGGGAUAUUUUGAAAAUGAGAUGAUAUGCCUUGAGGGUGUAUUUUUCACAGCGGGCUAUUUCAUUCAUUAUUUUAGCCCCAAUGUAGAUUCAUUGUUGUAAUAUAGUAUGGUCAUAUUGGAAUUGUGUGGCUUCCAACCUUUUUUGAUGAGGUGGAAUGCCCGUAAACCGUCUCUGACAGACCUUGUGAGAGAGAUUGUAUGUAUUCAUAAAUCAACUUUGGGGAAUGUUAGGAUGGAAUAAUAGUAUUCACAAUGUCAUGUCUUGUUAAUAGUUAACUGAGGAA